AUGAGUAUACAAAAUAAGCUUAAUGAGUACAGACUAAACGGGUACUUCAUUGACUAUGAGCUAAAAUGUGGCGAAAAGACCUUUAAAUGCCAUAAAAUUCUUCUUGCAAAAAAUUCCACAUUAUUUAAAGAAAUCUUUUCAAAGAAAUCGGAUGAACAAGUUGAAAUUGCCGACUGCUAUGAAUCGGAGUUUGAAUCCAUAAUGGAAUCGGUUUAUACAAAUAAAUUGGAAUUUACCCAAGAUAACGUUGUCAAAAUCUUGGGAUUUGCACUUGCCUAUGGCUUCAAAUCAAUUACAAAUACAGCACGCACAAAAAUGACCGAAUUUCUCCAGAAAUCGAAAGACAAAGUUCUUGAAUACUCAGAACAGAUGGUUGAAUUCAAUAUAUCAGAUGAAGAAUCAAAUAGAGCCAUCCAAAAGAUUAUUUGUGAUAACUUUGAUAAUUAUGAUAUUGAUUCUUUACUCGAUAAAAUCACAUCAACCUGUUUAUACUUAUUACUCAGCUCAGACAAACUUAAGGUGCGUUCCGAUGAUUAUAGGUUGGCCUUGAUCGACUUAUUCCAUGAGCGUAGACCAAUUACAGACCAAAAAAUCAGAUAUGAUCUGGCAAAUCUCUUUGAUUUCCAUCCAGAAACCAACGAAUCAGCCUACAAAUUCAUCAUUAACCACAAAUGUAUGUGGGCACCUGAAGAAUUAACGAUCAAAUUGUACAGAAUUGCAAUUAAAAACAGAUUACAAAUUGCAAGACAAUAUUCAGAGGCCACGAACACUUUUGCAGAUACCAAAUCACGAUGGAUCGAUUUCCAGUGGUGUUCACAGAUCCAUAAUUCCGAGAUUUCGGAAGAUUCAAUCAAAAUUGAGUUAGUUUCAUUCGCAAGGACCUUUGGAGGCUUCAUAGAUGCAGUAAAUCCACGUACAUUUGGUCUAAUUGGCUGUUCAAGCUCCACUCCCUUUGGUUUCAACAAAAAUAAAAAUUCGGAAUACAAAUGCCAGUUCAGUUCCAGCGGAAUCUUCAUGGACGACAACAGAUACUUCGCUUCUAUGGGUGAUGCAUAUAUAGAAGUUAAUUUUGGAGAAGAUUCUUCGUUCAAAAUCUCAAAAAUUGAAAUUCAGUCACUUCCGAAAUCAGUUGGCGAAUUUAAAUGGAAUAAAUUCCCUCUGAAAUUCGCUGAAAUUAAAAACGAAGAAAAAAUUAAAAAUGAGGAAAAUCAAGUCAAUUUAGAUGAAACAGAAAUAAUGAAAAAGAGACUAGGUGUCCCUGAAUCACUCGAUGUUCUUGUUAAUGACAAAUGCGCUGUUCAAAAUGUUAAAUUUGAAAGAAAUGGUGAAGAAAAGGUUUUUGUUUGGUCCCAUACAUUUGAUGAUGAAACGUCCAAUAAAGUUAGAAUCGCAAUGUCUAAAAACAACAACGCUGGUGGAAAAGUCCUUCGAAUCGGACUUAUUAAAAUUUAUGGACACUUUGUUUGA